AUGACCACACCGUCAGGUCACCUUGCAGCAAUGCAUUCAUCCGAUAUUGGCACAUCGACAGAGUCUGGCAAGACAAUCCAUGACCUGCCGCAAGAGGUCCUCGAUCAGAUCUUCGAAUCGCUCGACAGCCGGAGCGUGAAGUCAGCACGAAUUGCCCACCGAAUCUUCUAUAUCGCUGGCUCCUCGAUCCUGUUCCAGAGGCUUACUUUGACAUCGUUGAAUGCAUGCGAGAUACGCGAUGUCUUCCUCAAUAAUCCAAACGGCCAAGCCCUAGCGUCCUGUGUCAAGACUCUUGAGUUCUAUCUGGACGGGCCAACGGUAGCCUGCUCUUCAGUACGGUGCUACUGCCUAGUGACGAACGACGAUGGAUACUCGGUCACUUCUCCUCCGCCCCCAGCAAGCCUGCAGAUAACAUACGGCGGUCCCGAGUUUGCACAGCUCUGCGCCUGGCUGCACAAUGUUCGAACCGUCAACGUUGUCAAGAAGGCUGAUGUAACUCGUCGUCGACCUUCUCCCUGCCGUGCGUUUAUACCAGACAACCUGCUGGCCGUCGAGGCUCUGGCGUUGGCAACUCUGCUGCAAGGACCACCUCAGGUGGUUCAGCUGCUAUCAAUGAUGCGACUCCCUGACGAUGGUGUCGAAGAGAAUAUGGCCAGAGCUGACGCACUCAAGAGUCUGGCACGGGUGGGACUGCACAAGACAACAUUUGGGUUCCACUUGAAGUCGAUUUUGUCAUUAGGAACGAGGCCCGGCUUCACGGGACUCCGAAGUCUUCAGCUCAGUCUAUUUAGCUCUUAUAAUAGCCAAAGAGAUCGAGUCGCAGUCACCAAACUCGUGCCGAGCCUCCUGAGAGUCAUCAGUCCCUCCAUCGAACACUUGCACCUCGCAUUCUGCAUACCAUCUCCGGCCGGAGCUGUCAACGAGUGUAUCUGGUGCCAGCAUAUCUUUCCUGACAGGCCUACAUUCAGCAGCAUUCUGGGCAAGUGCGUCUUCGCAAAGCUGCGGAAGCUGAUUUUGCAGAAUGUCGACGCAAAGACUCUAGAAUUAGGCAGAUUUCUGAAAGCCCAUCAGAGCUUCCUAAAACACAUAAGUUUGAUUCACCACAGUUGCAAGCGGGACAUCAUAACCAUGCCUCUGAUUAGAGAGCUUGCGCAUGCAUGUGGACCACUACUAGACCGCAUUGUUCUGGAUCAUCGAUCAGUGGCGGUCACAAGUCCCGGUGUCGAAGAGGACGAGCUCAGUCACAUGUUUCUUGAGUCUACGAGGGCCUGGACGUUGAACGCAGCGGCAAUAGCACAAGCAUACGACCAGAAUAUGACCAAGAACGCCAUCCUGCACGCUGUUGCAUACACGCAAGAUGUGGCGCCCGAGACCGGGAUCUUGUCGUUCGUAUCGGAGGACGACAGGUUCGUUCGUGAGAAGAGCCCCGUUGAUUGGCGGCGAGGAAAGAUCAGGGCCAGCAUCCUGGAGCAAUACUGUGGUUUGUACGGUGCUUGCGGCCACGAAGUACCCUUCAAUGACGGCAUGCCGUGUGCGGGCUUUGAACAAGCCACCUUCGAGCACCAGUCCCUGCUUUACGUCUUUGUUGUUAACGGGCGACCUGGAGUGUACCGACGGUGUGCGGCUACAGAGCAGAUGACAUUCGAGGAAUUUGAUUUCCAACAUUACCUGCCAGGAGUCCCGCCGGAUAAUGCAGCUUUCUGGAUCUACACUCAGAGCAGCAAAUUCCUCAGCAAGUCAUUGGCAAGGUGGACAAGUGGCGGAAGGAUUCGUGGUCCGAACUACCGCAGGGAAAACAGAUGUCAUGUUCAAUUGCGAAUCGACGACGGUUUCGUCAACAUAUUCGAAUUCCAGACCGCUGAUUCCAAGCAGCAGACAUGGUGGACUUGGGAGGAUGACAUAGGAUUAGAGGCUCUCAUGGCUGACUGA